UUUGUGCCACUUGUAUUGAACAAAUGUGGUUCACUACGCGCAUUCUUUUUGCUCGUUGGUGCUUUGGGCGUCGGUGGAUCAUUGCAGGAAAUCAUGCUUGCAGACACUAUAAGAAGGAUUCAGUUCCAUUGCCAGAGGGUCCAGCCUCACCUGCUUCAGUUACAGAGAUCCGCCAGUAUCUUAAGGCACAGAACAUUCCCUUUCACGAUGGCUAUAGUUGUAUUCAUGUGCCCAGUAUAUUUGCUGAAGAGCCGCAGCGGGUUCGCCAUAACUAUAGUCUCUUUAUUGACAAAACCACAGGUUUCUUUCUCUGUACAGCCACAUUUGUUGAAGGGAAUUGGCAGGACUUCCAGGCCAGUGUAGAGUUGCGACAUAAAGGGGUAGUUGUAAGUGACCUGGAAAGGACCGAUAUGCCAAGAGACCAUGCUGCAGAGGAUGCUAGGCACAUCUGGGAACGGGCCCUCCCUCUUUGGGAACUGCUGGAUGAGCAAGAGACACUGGAGGCCAAGGCUGUUUUUGGCAUUUCCAGUGUAUCAAACACCACUCUCAAACGAUUUUGUGUACGUUACCUGCGGGCUGCUCGAGCCUUGGUCUUUCCAUGGUUCAGUCCCAGUGGCACCAGCCUGAAAGGGUUAAAACUUCUGGGAGUGGAGCGCCAAGGAGAAGCAGUGCACUAUGUGGAAAAUACGUUACCUCGCCCAAGUGCCUAUCAUAACCUUUUCGGGUUGCCGCUGAUCAACCAGCGAGAUACAGAGGUGGUGCUGACUGGUAGGGAGCUGGAUGCCCUGGUAGUGCACCAAGCGACGGGGUUACCCACUCUGUCUUUGCCCCGUGGCAUAUCCUGUCUCCCUCCAGCUCUUCUUCCCUACCUAGAACAGUUCAAGCGGAUCACUUUGUGGUUAGGAGAGGAUCUCCGCUCAUGGGAAGCUGCAAAACGUUUUGCCCGCAAACUAAAUCCUAAGCGUUGUUCUUUGGUGCAACCAAGCGACCAGCAACUCUGUCCCUUAGAAGCUUUCACACGUGGCAAGAAUGUCUUUAAGAUUCUGCGCUCAGCCCUACCAGCUGGCCACAAGUCCAUCAUUUCAUUUCGUCAGCUGCGCGAAGAGGUCUUUGGAGAGCUGGCCAACGCAGAACAGGUAGCUGGAGUCAAAUGGACUCGUUUCCCAGAACUAAACAAGCUUCUUAAGGGCCAUCGCAAAGGAGAGCUCACAGUCUUCACAGGUCCAACUGGCAGUGGGAAGACAACCUUCAUAAGUGAAUAUGCCUUAGACCUUUGUUUACAAGGGGUGAAUACUUUGUGGGGUAGCUUUGAAAUCAGCAAUGUGCGCUUGGCCAAGAUCAUGCUUACCCAAUUUGCCAUGGGGAAGCUGGAAGAACAACUGGACAAGUUUGAUGAAUGGGCAGACAAGUUUGAGGACCUUCCACUCUACUUCAUGACUUUCCAUGGCCAGCAAAAUAUCAAGAUGGUGAUCGAUACCAUGCAGCAUGCUGUAUACAUGUAUGAUAUUACCCAUGUCAUCAUUGACAAUCUCCAGUUCAUGAUGGGUCAGGAGCAGCUCACUGUGGACAGACUUGCUGUCCAAGACUACAUUGUGGGUGCCUUCCGAAAGUUUGCAACAGAUAACAGCUGCCAUGUGACUCUGGUCAUUCACCCCAGGAAGGAAGAUGAAGAAAAAGAGCUGCAGACCGCUUCAAUUUUUGGGUCUGCAAAGGCCAGUCAAGAAGCUGACAAUGUGCUGAUCCUGCAGGACAGGAAGUUGGUAACAGGCCCAGGAAAGCGCUAUUUACAGCUCGCCAAGAAUCGCUUUGAUGGAGAUGUAGGAAUCUUCCCCUUGGUGUUCAACAAAACCUCCCUCACGUUUUCUAACCCUGUCAAAAGCAAAGCAGCCAAGCUGAAGAAGGUAAAAGACAAUGACAAUGGUGUACCCUCUAAGAAAGCUGCAGCAAAUGAUGAUGAAGCUUCAAAGAAGAAGCAGACCCAGUCACUGAAAAACACAGUACCUGCUCCAGGGACCUUUCCUAAUGAGCCUGUCACAUCAUGAGGAGUGUUGAAAUAUUGUUUAGCAAGGAUUGGAAGCCAGCAAAAAUCACUGCCUGCCAUCCUAUCAUUGCAGCAUUAAUUAGAAUGUAAACAGAGACAUUGGCUGGAUCUGUCCUGUUUCGUUGUGUCUGUUUCCUGUUGGUAUCAAGUGUUAGAAAUUAUGAAUGCAUCCGUAACAAUAUCAGGGUUCUUCAUAUCCAAGCAGCUACCUGGAAAAAAUGCUUGGGUUCCUACCCCUCCCCAUUUUAUCCACAAGGAGGCUUGCGGGCAUGCUCAUGCACCAUAAGAAGGAAUUUAGUAUAUGUUGGGGUAGGUGUAAGUCCAUGGGACUUAUGCCCUUCAGUUUCGUUCUAGGCUGGGCCUCUUUAAAGUGCAGUUGCUGCAAACAAUGGAGAAUAUAUCAAAAAGGAGCACAGUGGGAAUGUGAACUCCUUUGUAUGAUUAUUGCAUUAAUUGGUGAAUCAAAUAUAAAGGUCUGAUGCAAACAUGUAAAGUCUUUGGCACUGGGUUAAUGAUUCCAUUUGGUCACCGUUAUACAUGUUUGUAUUGCAAAACCACUGGCUAAAACUAAAAUUGUGAGAGGAGCUUUGCUUUUCCUCCUGAUCCAGAGUUUGAAUGACAGAAUUAUAGUUUCAGCUGAAGAGGAGUCAGCAGGGUCUGGAACUGAGGUUAGGUAUUGAGAAAGCUGAGACACCGGACUGUGGGGCUGGAGAAAAUCAUUAGCACAAAGGCAAUAAACUUAAAUUCUACAGUU